AUGGCCGACGCGCUCGACCGCGGCUCCUCCCCCAUCGCGCACGAGCGCGAGGAAGGGGGUGGGCGCGACGGCGACGACGGCGUCGCCCCGCGCGUCGCGCUGAACGCGGACGAGGCCGCGGUCGUCGCCGCCGCGGGCGUCGGCGGCGUCGGCUUCGUGGAGGCGUUCAGAGAGGGCCAGCACGCGGCGACGCUGCGGUGGACGCUCCCGGAGUUCGGCGCGACGCGCGCGCGACAGCUGUGGGGCGACGCGAAGGACGUCGGCGGGCACGAAUGUCGGCUUCUGGUGUACCCCAAGGGCGACACCGCGGCGCUGCCGGGAUACAGCAGCGUGUUCCUGGAGAUGCGAGCGAAGGCGCCGGCGGCGCGCGCUGACAGUGGCGGCAAGGGGAGGGGCGCGCCGGGGAAUUGGGAGUGCUUCGCGUGGUACGCGCUGACCGUGGUGCACCCGACGGACCCGACGAAGAAUCGCACGCGGCAGAGUUACCACCGCUUCAGCGCGACGAAAAAAUCCCACGGCUGGUGCGACUUCGCGGUCAUCGACCCGGAAUUUCUCCUCGACGGCGUCGUCCUCGUCUGCGCGGACAUCGUCGUCCUCUCGGAGACGGCGGAGCUCUCCCGAGACGACCUGCCGCCCGGGAACCCGCACCUGAACGAGGCCAUGAGCGAGGUCACGAGCGGGAGGUUUCAGUGGACGAUUCACAACUUCAACGCGUUUCGGGCGAUGAUGGGGACGCACAAGAUCGUCUCGCCGAAGUUUCCCGCCGGCGACUGCCACUUCGCCGUCGCCGCCUAUCAAACCGCGUUGGGCGGCGAAGACGGCGGGUCCGACGGCGGCGGCGGGCUGAGCGCCGAACCCUCCGCGUGGCUGUUGUUCCGCGUGUCCUUAGUCAACCAAGUCGACUCUAAGAAAACCGCGCACAGAGACACGUACGGGCGGUUCGCGUCCGGGGAGGACGGCGGCGACCACACGAGCUUGGGCUGGAACGAUUUCCUGGACAUGUCGCGUCUGGACGAUCCGGAGGAGGGGUUCUCGACGGGCGCGGCUGGGAAAGUCACGCUCGCGGUGACCUUCUACGUCAUUCGCGAGUCGCACGGCGCGCGCGGCUCGCGGCAUGGGCACGGCGGCGUCGACGGCGACGGCGCGUACCGCGCGCGGUUCGUCUGGAAGAUCGACAACUUCACGAAACUCAAAGAUUUACUCAAAAAGCGCAAGAUGAACGGUCUGUGCGUGAAGAGCAAACGGUUCGUCGUCGGCGGGAAAGACUGCAGGGUCGUGAUUUACCCGCGCGGGCAACAGUCCCCGGCGACGUCGCUCUCGAUGUUUCUGGAGGUCACGAACGUCUCGGAGCGGCGACGGCGGCCGCCCACCGCGGGCAAACACAACUGGAGCGUGUUCGUGUCGCACCGGAUGGGGGUUUUGAACCACCACGACGCGAGCAAGUCUGUGAUUCGCGAGUCGCAAAACCGGUACGGACGCUCCGCGAAAGACUGGGGAUGGCGCGAGUUCCUUCCUCUGACUUCCUUGUUCGACAAUGACGCGGGGUUUCUCGACCCCGCGCGCGACCGCGUCGUGUUCGUCGCGGAGGUGUUGGUCCUCAAGGAGCACUCGGAGCUGAAAAAAAUGGACCCGACGCGCGUCGCGGGAGCCAUCAUGUCCUUCGAAGACACGCUCGCGGGGGAUAAACUCCUGUGGGGUUUAGGCGGGUCGUUCGGGAAAAACAUGAAGACCAUCUCGAAGCACUUCGGCGAGCGCGUCGCCGUGUGCGCGAAGCACCCGACCACGCGGUGCGAGGAGUGGUGGGAGGGGACGCUGCAGCUGUCGAAAAACGACCGCGUCAUCGUCCUCAAGUACGCCGCGCGAUGGAACGACGAGAUUGACGAUUUAAACGACGUCGACGCGCACGACGACGGGCUCUCCGAUCACACCCUGGAGAAGAGAUUCGACGCGGACGACGUCGUGAACGUUCGACGGUUGACCGCGGAGGAGGACGGCGAUCUUCUCGACGGCGCCGACGACGCCGUCUCCAAGCUGCGGACGCCACCCGCGGACGCCCCGGGGCGAGGCGUGAACGUGGACUUCACGUGGAAGAUUGAAAACGUGAGCGCGUUUCGCGGGAUUCUCGAGACGAGGAAGCUCUUCUCGCGCUUCUUCCCCGCGGGCGGGGUCAACCUCCGACUCGGCGCGUACGAGAGCUUCGACACGCUGUGCGUCUACCUCGAGAGCGAUCAGGGGUCGACGCCGUCCGCGAUGAAGAAUAAGACGACGCCCCCCGGCGGGGGCGGGGGCGGCGCGAUCGGCGAGGGGGGUAAAAUCGGAACCGGCGGCGGCGACGGCGGCGGCGGCGGCGACGGCGACGGCGAUUACUGGGUCCGCUACCGCGUCGCGGUGACGAACCAGAAACACCCGGACCGGACCAAGUGGAAGGACGCGACGACGUCGUCGAAACGCUGGACGUCGAACGUGAUUCAGUUCAUGCCGACGGAGGACCUUACGCACCCGGAGGGCGGGUACCUCGUCAAGGACUCAAUCGCGCUCGCGGUGGAAGUUCUGGACGUGUGCUACUUCAACCCGGACGUUGACGACGGCGGGUCCGGGUUCUCAAAGGGAGACGUCGCGGGGGCGGCGUCGAUGCUCCCCGCGAUAAUGAAGGCGGCGAUGAACGAAAACGCCGCCGAGGCGCUCAGCGCGUCGUUGCUCGACCUCGGCAUGUCCGGCGCGGACGUCAAAGACACGUUCCGCACUGCCGCGGAGCACUUCAACCUGGACGACUGCGACGUCGACGAGCUCCUGCACGCGGUGGCGACGAGCGCGGCGGCGGCGGCCGGCGGCGGCGGCGGUUCGAUCCCCGGCGGCGGCGGCGUCGCGGCGGCUGGCAAGGACGCGGCGACGAAACGUCUCGUGGACAAACUCGGCCCGCGCGGCGCGCUCGCGGCGGCCGCGGC